AGAUCAAUUGCUUGAUGUCAGAAUAAAGCACAUAUAUAUAUAUACUUGCCACAAGAUGGGGACAGAACUGGAUGACACCAAUUCAGGCAAUCAAGUCUGUUCAGUAUUUUAGUAAGGGCUUGAAAGAGGGAAUGGAAGCUAUGUUUCUAAAAUUGGCAGAUGACACCAAACUGGCUGAAACCACUGGCAGGUGGAAGAAGGAAUUCAUAAUUGUCUUCUAUUGAUCCAUACAAGAAACAAUCUAAGAUCGAGGUGAACUUUAAUAACAAACAAAGUACUACAUACUGCAAUUUGAAAUCAAGUAUAUGAGUUCAAAAUAGCCAAAAUAAUCAGAAAGUGAUCACAUGUGGAUAGCGAAUCAAAGCUAAAUGUCUAUUAGUAGCAACAUGCUGCCAGAGAGUAAGUAAAUCUAAUUCCAGGCCAUUGAACGUGGCAUUGCAUAUAAAACCUGGAAAGCAAUCAUUUUGCUUUACUUGGCAGAGUCAGAGCCACUGAUGGAGGACAGGACGAGGAGUUCAUUUUGGGACUCUGCAGUUCAACAAAGACACAGGCAAACCUGACAUAGUCCAGAAGAGAAAGGAGGAAUGAUGAGAGGUUUAUGGAGUAUGACCUAGGUGAGAAUUUAAACAGAAAUUGUUUAGCUCUUCUGCAGUAACUGUCCUUAUGCAGCUUCUGCAUUUCACCUGGAAAUUAUGAACUUUUUUCCUCAGUUCUAUUGAUGUAAUACAUACAUAUUUCAACAUCACUGUCUACAGUAUACAUCAUAACUGAAUGGGAUUGAUUCUGUCCACAUGCAAAGCCCUGGAAAUGCUCCCUUAUAGUCAAGUGUUGUGAAAGAGUAGUAGUAAGCACAAACCUAAAACACCAAGGCUGACCACACAACUCAAGUUCAAAGUCCAUGAUUGCUUGAUCAUACAGCACAUCAAUGAUAUUUCAUAACACAAUGUAAUAUGUAAUCUUAUAUAGCUUAUUUACUAUCAUGCAGUUUUAUUGUACAACUGUUAAGUUUCUGAUCUCCUCAGAAGCCUUUGCAACAAGCCAAGCUGAGUCAACUUCAGAGCUUCUGAUAAGGCACUUGGCUUCUUGUGGUAUUCUGAUGACCAGAAUUUCUCCGUCGCGAGUACCUGUGAUGAGCCAUACUUUUUCAAGAACCUUCUUCAACAUUGCUGCACCACUAGUAAACAAAAGAAAAGAAUAUUCUGAAAGAAGAAUUAUCGGGUAUUCUAUGCAGGAAAUGUAUGAAGUUGUUGCUGUUGUGGAGAAUUACAAACUAUUUGUUCCUUGGUGUAAAAAGUCAGAUGUAUUAUCGAAGCGCUCUGGAUACUGCAAAGCACAGCUAGAAAUAGGAUUCCCGCCUGUAGUAGAGACAUAUACGUCGGUUGUUACCCUCGUGAGACCUCAUUUAGUUAAGGCAUCCUGCACUGACGGAAAACUAUUUAAUCACUUGGAAACAGUGUGGCGUUUCAGCCCAGGUAUCCCUGGUUAUCCAAGGACAUGUACAUUGGAUUUUUCAGUUUCUUUUGAAUUUCGUUCACUUCUACACUCAAAACUCGCUACACUAUUUUUUGAUGAAGUGAUCAAGCAGAUGGUAGCUGCCUUUGAAAGAAGAGCAUCCAAACUCCAUGGCCCAGAAACAAGCAUACCUCGGGAGCUAAUGCUCCAUGAAGUUCAUCAGACGUAAAGGGACCUGCAAGAACCUCCAUUACAAACUUGUCUGUACACUUCAUUUGUUCAAGAGGUGUCGUGCUCCUCCUUUGGGGCAUCUGUUUCAUACCUGAGCUUUGUGUGUGAUUUUGUACUGUACAAACCACACCGGUUCAGCCAGAUGUAUAUAGAAUGUUCAAGCUACAAUCAGGUAUGACUUAAAAGCCUUAUCAACAACAGACACUUGGCAGCUACUGUAACACAAGGCGUCACAGGCUGCCAUUUAUUAACUUGUCAAACUGUUUGUAUAAUCACAGUGUAAGUUGUGCCUUAUCUAAGCUUAUGGGGUUGUUUUUCAGCUUUGUAACAUACAAACUCAAAUUAAGUUAUUAGUAGCAUGAAUGUAACUUAACAGCAUCAACUCAGCCAGCUCUGCCCCAGCAGAGGGAAAUGGGCUGUCUGGGCGUGUAGAGCAUUUAACAGCCUGAACAGUAGCAGGUGCUUGUCAGCCAAGCGAGAGACAAGGGUAAGUCAGGAGCCUCCAGCUGCUGCUUAACUCUGACCAGCAACUGCUAUAGAAGAACACCACAAACUGAAUGCUCUUGAUUUUUCCAGAAAUUAAACAUUAAGGGGUAUAUGUAAUGUGAGGGGUGCUAGAAAUCAAGUGCAAUGAUUCCAGCUGUAGCCAGUGGCUGGUAGCUGUGUAGGCUCCAGCCACCAGUGAAUGUGUAGUACAAUUUGGCAGGUGGAACUUGCUGACCUGCAACUUUGACUGUCACACACUGCACAGGGGUUGGGAUAGAUAUAUCUCAUGUAAUGUAAUCAGUUCCCAAUUCCAACACAACUUUAAACCAAGUAGAUGAGCAGUGCAGCUUUGAGAACUAGGGCACAGAUACACAAGGUUCUGUACCACAGCACUCUCCUCCCUGGAAGAAGGGAACAACAUGUCCUCCACCUACUGCAGACAAGCAUGCCCAAGGCCAGCUCUCACUAAAAACCAUUCAACAGAGCUAAACCUUAGUUCUGGGGUUUUUUUCAGUACUAUACCACCAUUUAAUUGUCAGUCCAUUACAACAGUAAAAGCCCUCUUGAUUAAAACAUCUUCACUCGUUCUAUUCCUGACAUUCUUUCUAGUCUCUGAAGAAACAUAAGUAAGGCCUGAUCAGAUUUUAAAACCUAUCUGCUGCCUUGCAUUACCCAGUUUCCUUACCAACAUUAGGUGAAGCUUCUGGUCCUUUCUCCAGUGUCCAGAAGCCACAUGGUUGCUACAGACUGGUGUAUUAAAUGACAUGGAAGGGGUCCUUCAGGACAGACAGCCCCCCAAAGCAGUUCCAGACCACUUCUCCAGAAAGAGCAAUUGAAAUUUCACACCUCCCAUUUGUGAAGGAUGGCUCUUAUUGAAGGGAGGAAGCUGGGGAAAAUGACAGUUUUACAGCACUGAGAAGUUGUAAAGUGAUGCUAGUUGUUGAGAUGAACAUAGACAAGUUUGGGAAUCCUCCUGUUUUGAAGUUUAGAAAGCAGAGAUGACUUUACACGUCCAUGUUAAGAGCUGUGACAGGUCAGCACAUAGCAAAUAAAGCCAUCACUUCAGGGAAAGCAGCAUGUAGUGCUAAGUAAUUCAAACAAAAUCCUAGAGCCCAGUACCAGAAAGCUGAAAGACAAGAGUGGAAAUGGAAGGCUCAAGGCAGGAGAUAACCACAUAUUACACCUCAGCAAGAGAAGUAUUUAAAAAACCCACAAUCCUUUCUUAGCAAAGAGGACUUACCUGUUUCACACCCUCAGGGCACUUUCCCUCCCCAACUAUAUGCUGGGCCACCCAUUCCAGCACCCCAAACAAGCAGUACAGACGGGGCAAAAUAAAGUCAGUGCACAUG